AUGAACUUCCUCUCCAAUGCAUUCUCGCUACUGGAAAUCGACGCCGACGACGAUCGACUAAAAUCCGCUCCCUCGUCGUCUGCUUCUUCAAAACCUAAAUCAGCUUCCACAACUAACAACACAGGUUUGAAUACUGAAGUUGAUAGAAUACUGGAGAUUGCUUGUAUAAUAACUGAUGGCAAUUUGACCAAGUCAGUGGAGAAGGAAGUGGAGGAAUGUACUUCGUUUGUUGAGAUCCUCACUUCUUUUCAGCCCUCAAGGAGUUUAGAUGGAAUGCGAAUCAUUCUAGGUUUGACAAAGAAGGUGCUCCAAAGUAAACUUAGUGAAAGAGAAGCUGAAAAGCAGGUUGUAGAAUUUGUCAAGAGACAUGUUGGUACAUACCCACCUCUUUUAGCAGGAAAUUCAAAAUACAUGCCAGAUUUGGCUAGUCUCUUCUCUCAUGUUGUUGUUGAUGUUAGCAGUGUCAAGGCUUUGUGUAUGCGCUGGUAUCCUAGAGAUCAGAAGAAAGCCCCUCAGAAGGAAAACAAACAUAGAGCCUUGGAUGAUAUCAGGGAAAGCAUAACGGAACUCAAAUACUACAAGGCAAACAUAUUCAAACCAAUUUCUAAGAAGUGA